AUGGGCAGAAAACAACACAGGCUAACUAACUUAUUUAUCAUUUUGGAUGAGAAAGCUAAUAAAUCUAAUAAGUUUUCCGUUUGCAAAUUUUGUAUUAAAGGUUCUACAUAUGAAGAAGCUUAUGAAAACCGAAUUACUAAUACGCAGCGAGAAUGCAGGCGCCAUCUUAUUUCUUGUCAAUACUUCAUUGCAGAAUAUCCUAGUGAAAUAAUGCGCAAUAAAGUUUUAAAUCCAACAUUGACAAAUAAGGAUCCUCAAGAAAGUGAAAGCGAAAGUGAAAGUGAACAAACUUUAGACCAGUUAGGCUUAAAUAUAACGUUAGAUGGUUAUUUUCAAAAACCAUUAUCAAGCAAACAAAAGGAAAAACUUGAACAAUUACUUUUAAAAGCAACUGUUUCAUGUGGCUGGGCUUUUACGUGGGUUGAUAACCCUGAAAUUAAAGAGCUUUUUUAUUAUAUAAAUCCUACUAUCAAAUUACCAAAUCGCCAAACACUCUCAGGUCGAAUUUUAACCAAAACAGCUAAAAAUUCUAUAGAAUUACAAAAAAAAGAUAUCCAAGCAGAUCAACUUGGUGUUACUUUAACAUAUGACGGUUGGAAAAAUAUUAAAAAAGAGAGUUUAUUAGAGAUCGCAUUAAUAAAUUCAAGUGGCAAAACAUUAAUUUGGGGCACAGAAGAUAUUUCAGGAAAGAGAACAAGAUGGCCUGAGAUUGUGAAAAUAACUAACGAUCUUUUUAUAAAGCUUGAAGAGGAUAAUAUUAAGGUUAAUUGUCUCGUAACUGAUUCAGCUUCUGAAUUUAUGGCUGCUCGGUCACGUCUUCGUACGGCUCAUCUUGAUAAAAUUUUUAUUCCAUACUUCGCGCAUCAAAUGAAUCUUGCAGUUGGAGAUAUAUUUCGAUACUCAUCAAUCCUUAGUACUGUUGCAGAAGAAGCAAUUAAGAUUGUAACAUUUUUUAAUAGAUCUACAUUUUUUUUGGGACGACUUCGAGAUGAACAGAGUUUAGUAUAUAAAAAUAAGUAUAUAUCUCUCCUUUUACCAAAUGCAACUCGAUGGAAUAGUCAUUAUUAUUGUUUCUCAAGCCUUAUUAAGACUCGUACAGCUCUUAAAAAUCUUGGAAAUAAAAUAGAAGAGGGUUUAGAUAAUAGUUUUUCUAAUUUUCCUGAAGAUAUUCUUAUGAAUAUUCUUGAUAGCAAUUGGUGGACUGAUUUACGACAACUUGAAGCAAUUCUUCUUCCCUACUGUUCAAUAUUAAAUAAACUACAAUGUGAUCAGGCCAAACUUCAUGAUGUUUUACAUGGCUUUGGAUGGAUUGUACAAGUAAUUGAAAAUCUUUCCGAUCUUGAUCUUCGUACUAAUCUUUUAAUGCAUAUAGAGCGUCGAUGGCAAACAUGGGAGCAACCAUUAUUGAUAUUAAGCUUUUUACUACACCCUGAAUAUCGCUUGGUUUGGAUGGAAUCUGAAGUUCUUUUACAAGAGUUACAACAAUACCGUGAACAAAAAUACCUAUUUCGUGAUAAAGAUUAUUGUCAAUUUAAAAAAAAAGAUGAUAUUCUUUCUUUUUGGAAUUUUGUUAGUAGAUAUACUGAAGAAUUACAUCUUGUUGCACAACGAAUCUUUUCAAUAAGCGCUAAAAAAAAUUUUAUUCAAACACAAACUGCAAUGCACGCAACACUGUCCAAUGAUGAUCAUGAGUCUAAUAAUAUGGAAUCAGAAGAUGAGAUUGGGUUUAUUGAAAGACAAGAAGAUAUCAGUUCAAUUAAUGAUUGGAAAGAAGCUGUGAAUGAAUGGAAUUCUCUCAUAGAAGAAGAAGGAAUGGAGGCUAUAAGUGAAGAUGAAGAAGCGAUAAGUGAAUUAAAUGAAGAAGAGGAUGCAAUAAGUGAAUUAAAUGAAGAGUUGGCAGAACCAGAUAUUGAUAAUCAUCCUGCUAUUGCAUCAAGUGCUAAGUGGAAAUUAGAAACUCUUUUUGAUAAAAAUAAUUUAAAACAUCCACCAUAUAUAAAAUUAUUAACAGAAUAA